UGAGUGUAGCUCAUCAAUUUUCUUUACUCACAAACAAUUAUCUUAUUGGUUAAUGAGAAAGUCAUGUUGAGUCUGAAACUAAAAGAGCUAAUGCAAUAAACAAUCAAUAAUAUAUAAACCUAUUUUCGUGUCAUAUUCUUUCAUUCUCAAUCUUUGAUGGUUCUAUUGCAACUUGUAAUAGAUAGUAUAUUAUUAAUUCAAAAUUUAUUUUAUUUCUAAUAUUGAGCUACUCUUAUUGUUUUUUAAUGAUGUCAUAUUUAUUUGUAGAAAGGAUUUUAUUUACAAGGCAAAUCAAGUAACAUUAACAUGUCUUCAAUUAAUCAAUGUCGAACGUCAAAAUGAAAUGAUUAAUAUUCGAUUUAUUCGUGCAGUUGUAGAAAGUUAUAUAGUAUCACGAUGGAUUGAUGAAGAAUUACAUCGAGUACAAUCAUAUUUACAUUCAUCAACAUCAGCAUCUUUAAUUAAAAAAACUUGA